CUAGGUAGGGAACUAGGUAGGGACGCAGCUAAGACUGCAGGGGAGCCAUGCGGCCCAUGCCAUCUGCCGUUCAUCUGCUUUUCCGAUCUAUGUAGAGACUCGUUCUCAGACGUUCUGUCAUCUAUCCAGUGUUCACUUCAUAGGCAUCUUACCGUCGACCAAUGAGGCCUGGGCGUCCGGUGGCGCAUAUGAAGCGUCACCCCUGGGUCUUGGUGAUAUCCUACUUAAUUCCAACUGCUUCUCUCGUCUCAUUUAAUCCGAAGUUGUGUAUGAAUCUAGCGAUUUGCCCUGGAUCUAGUGAAGUAUAUUGAUAAUCCAUCUGUUGUGAACCUUGGAACAAAGGAGAGAACGCUUCUACAUUUCUGCUCGGCCAUUGCUUCAAAUUCGCUCAAGUCUUUUAGAGCUUCUAAGCUAGAUUACUGCCAAACGCCAUGUAUGGACGGGCCGAGCCGCGUCAGCAGCCCGGCUACGCCUGUGAAGAAUGCCGUAAGAAAAAGCUUCGAUGCGACAGACAGCGACCACAAUGCGGUGCGUGUGCCAACGCCCAGGUACCUUGCGAAGUCAACGAUCGCCGUGUGCCCCGUGGCCCCAAGAAAGGCAGCAUAGGUGCUCUUCGUAGUCGAAUUGUGGCACUCGAACGCCGCCUUUCUACAUCACAAGUUGAGGAGAGCCUAAUGACAGAGGGGUAUGAAAUUGGGUCAACAGAAAACUCUCCAGUGAGAGAGAAUUCCACCACACAGUUCCAUCUGCCAGAUUGGGAGGUACCACAAGAAGAGCAACCCUCAAAUACUGCGAUACCCCUGACAUGGGGUCCACCAGAGACUACGCCUCAGUCACCAUUAUUAUUCACUGACAUUAGUGUCCUGCCCGCCAUUUCAACAUCGUAUCCUUCUCCUAAGCAGAGCCCUACCUCCCUCAACGAUGUCUUCAUACCUGACCUCACCAAAGCAGACCUCAUACAACUAUAUUUUGAUCGUGUUCAUCCAAUAGUCCCAAUAUUGAACCAACCGAAGACAUUCAAAUGGAUGAAUGAUAGGAAUGCGAUGAGUGAUGCGCGCCAAUGUUUGCAACAUGCGAUGUGGACAUCUGCCACAGCAUUUUCAAGCCAGUUCGGGGGUCUCCAGGAAACACUGUACGCAAAGACUCGGUUCAUGCUCGACCAGCUAGACCUGAGUGGCAGUGACUCGUUACUUUGCCACAUCGAACACGUUCAAGCAUGGAUCCUCAUAACUUUCUAUGACUUCACGAGAGCAAAUUACCGUCGAGGGUGGCUUAGUGCAGGGCGGGUUUUCCGCCUCAUACAAUUUCUGAAGCUCUACGAGAUCGAUAGCCCGAAACCUCUAGGGUUAGAGAGCGAGGAGGAUCCGGUAUCGUUAGAAGAGAGGAGACGCACAUUCUGGGUAGCCUACUGCCUUGACCGAUUUAUCAGCGUCAGUGAAGGGGCACCUACAACACUAAACGAAGAAGUGGUCUUCACACGCCUUCCAUGUCUAGAUGCCGACUUCCAAAGGGGGCUUGUACCACAAGAGUGCUUCUUGGCAGAGGCCAUGUCAUCUGCAGAACUGAGGCCGUAUGCGCCACUAGCCGAAUGCGUUAUCCUGGUCACCAUCUGCAGCCGAGCGCUGUCUCACAAACACAUCUACACGAUAGAAAGCCUCUACAGCAACAUCCCCCUCGAUUUCUCUUCUCGACAUGAUUGGCUAGAUGGCAUGCUGACCCGUCGGCUCAAUAAUCUGCAACUCAACUACCCCUCGCUUACCGUGGCUGAAAAUCCAAUGAUCAUAUUUUCUUAUAUGUUGGCACACUCAGCUGUCAUAUAUCUAUGCUGUAUUAUUGAGGCGUUGUCGCGAAAUGACCAGAGCCAAAACUUGGUGUGGGAGUUUCAGGAACGCGGACACUGGGCAGCCCAAGAGAUUGCUCGGCUGACAAAGGAACAUGAGCAUCUUGGUUACUACAAGGCUCACUCAUUUAUGCCUCUAACCAUCUACCUAAGCGCGUCGAGACUGGCAAAACACCUUGAUGUCCGAAAGGGCGAGCUAGAUACAAAGGAGGUAGAGGAGGCGGAAAAGUCAAUACACGCCUGCAUCGAGGCGCUGCAGAAACUCCAAUCGGUGAAUAACCUCGCCAACCAUUAUUUGCAACUUCUAUCAGCUAUUUCCAAUUAUUAGAUAUGGGAGGCUCCAGACUUGGCUACCCUGAACAGGCCGCUUGAGCUUUUUUACGAUAGAGCGGAACACUUUUGUUCCAGUUCACUUCUCUGUAAUAGAACAUCGCUAGGUUAGGAGCAUCAGUUCCACAGUACGUUAGGGGGGCGUUCAACAGUGUCAUUCAGGUCAAUUACCUAGUUUCAUACGUUCAUGUUGUUACCUGGGUAACUGAUCAUUUCAGUACCUACCUACUCAUUAGACUACUCAGUCAUAGACGGGGAUGAGACCUUUUCUUCUCAACUCAAGUAGGGCAAAGGUUCUGGAGCUCUGAUAGGAAGGUAUCAUUACAUAGUAGAUUGCAAUAGAUUACCAUUCCAAAGACAAUUCAAGUCAACAACUUUGACCGACCCAAACAACCAAGCACUGUUAAAUCUACUUCUCAAUCUCAUCACCACUUUACUUUAUCAUUAUGAAGCCAUCUUGAUAUGAACAAGUAUGUCAACCCUGAACCUCACCAAGAAGAACCGUAGUAUCAUUACGCAAUGGCUGGCGAACUUGUGGGUCAGGAGUUUUUUUCGUCUGACAGAGGUCCGAACUCCACGUACCUACCUAGUGUCCUCAAAGUGUUACCAGAGGUCGAAUCAAGCAUUGCC